AUGCUGACCCUGUACACCUUUUUAGAGAAGGCUGCAAAACACUGUGAAGCGGCUGUGUACAAUGGUGAAGGCAAGGAUUGGAUCCUGAAGAAGCAUUUUGAAGGUUUCCUAAGCAGAGUACUUGAAUUAAUAGAGAUAAACCUACCAGAUCUAAAGGAUGGAGAGAUGCUACUUGAAAGUUUGUAUCUCAGUGUUGAUCCCUAUAUGAGAGCAUACAGUAAGAGAGGCAUGAAGGAAGGGGACACUAUGAUAGGGUCUCAGGUUGCAAGGAUUUUGGAAAGCAGAAAUCCUUCAUUUCCUGUAGGAAUUUUUGUUGUGGCAAAUGCGGGCUGGACAACACAUUUUAUUUCCGAUGGUAAAAAUCUAUCACCACUGCCUCCAAAUUGGCCAGAAAAUCUUCCAAGGUCAUUGGCUCUUGGAACAAUUGGCAUGCCAGGUCUUACUGCCUAUUUUGGCCUACUUGAACUCUGCAGGCCCAAACCAGGAGAAACUGUCCUAGUUAAUUCAGCAGCUGGUGCUGUGGGCAGCGUGGUUGGGCAGAUUGCUAAAAUUAAGGGUUGUAAAGUGGUCGGCACUGCGGGCUCCGAUAAAAUGGAUUACCUUAAGGAGCUUGGCUUUGACGAAGUCUUUAACUAUAAGACGGUGAAAUCCCUGGAGCAGGCCCUGAGGGACGCUUCCCCCAAUGGCUACGACUGCUAUUUUGAUAACGUGGGAGGUGAAUUUUCCAGCAUUGUUUUGGAGCAAAUGAAUAAAUUUGGGAGAAUUGCGGUGUGUGGUGCUAUCUCCUUGUAUAAUGACACCCAGGUCAAAAAAGGCCCAUUUGUGCAGGUUCCCAUGGUCAUGAAAGAGCUGUACAUGGAAGGUUUUUUAGUCACACGUUGGAACGAUAGGAAAGAGGAAGGGCUGAAAGCAAUACUGAAAUGGAUUCAAGAAGGGAAAAUUAAAUGCCACGAGGACAUCACCAAGGGUUUCAAAAACAUGCCAGCUGCAUUUAUGGGAAUGCUCAAAGGAGACAACUUUGGAAAGGCAGUAGUAGAGGUAUAAAAAGCACUCUGCCUGGCUUGUGAAAACUCUAUAAAUCGCUAUAUCUGCACUUCCUUAUGGACUGACUUCUCUUCUUACCAAGAAUGAUCCAAGAUUAGACUAAUCCACUAUACCACUCCAGCAUGUCUCAAGUGUGGCCAAAACCACAGAAAAUCAGGGUUAUCAUGUGAAGUCUGAAGACAAAAGAAACAAAUGCCUUUUAGAAGAUUUGUUAUAUCCUUCUUUCAAUAGAUUAUCCUUUUUGAAUAAAAGAAGCAGUCUGAAAAGCCAAA